CGACUAGUUGCACACCUUCCAAGAUCUGAUGCUUCGUGCAUAUCAUCUUGACCCAGCAUACAGGCACCCCCUGCUCGGCUCUAGCCUGAAACCGACUUCUGCAGAGUUUAGCCUCAUCGGCAUUACAGGGGUAUCCCGAGCGGUGAACUAACUGUUCGAAAAAACUGUCUGGAUUUUCACCUCCGGACGAUGAGCGUUCGCCAUGCGGUAUGGCUUCGGCACCCGCGAAAACCAUCUUUUUCGCCGACCCAGCAAUUCCCUCCCCGGUGAUGCGCAGAGACUUCUGGCCACUCGCAGCAGGGCCAAUUCAAUCAGUUGCUGCAAAACAACCCAAGGAGUGCGUGCGCUGCGCAACGCUGCCAGACACGACCCUUCUGGAAACUGUUGUUUCACAAACACUCCACCCGUAUCGCUUCUUUCGUUCAGACUCGACGCACGCGACGUGCCACCGCUUCCCGAUGAUUGGCAGGGACCUGCACCUUGUGUAAUGCAGCUUGCCCGGUUGGGCCUAGACAGGUCCGGUCUGCAUGCCCACACAUCGUCACUUAUGUGGGGUGGCAGCAGGUGUCGCGCGCCGAACUUUGGCUGGUGGGCAAACAACGACCGGAAGCGCUACGCUGCUCCCCAGACAGAGGCGGAAGAUGGGAAGAAUCGGGAAGCUGCGUGCUGGUGUUCACCGCGAUGUUAUGUUGCAAAAGAGCGGUGUUUGCUGCAUUUGCACACACGCCGAGUCCAUGUGCAUUAUCAGCUUGAAGCUAGACGCGCAAGUCUGCGAUAGGUGCUGUUCAAAGUUCGGACGACCCGCCUCUCGCUUUUGGGGUAGAAUGAUGUUUAUUGUUCGUAUUGUUACCGGCGAACUCGCUUU